AUGGCCUCCACACUGACCCUAGCUCUGGCAGCUACAGCCGUUCAUCUGGUCCUGUUUGUCUCCAUAUUCGACAUCUACUUCACCUCCCCCGUGGACUCUGGCAUGGAGCCCCAGCUAACUCCCACCUCACCUCCGGCAAAGAGACUCGUCUUCUUUGUGGCCGACGGUCUCCGAGCUGACACCAUAUUCUCCCUCGAUCCCGACGGUGGCUCCCCAGCUCCGUACCUCCGACGUGAGAUAGUCGAGGAGAGGGGCAAGUGGGGUGUCUCACACACUCACGUACCGACAGAGUCACGACCGGGGCACGUGGCAUUGAUAGCCGGACUCUACGAAGAUGUAAGUGCGGUCACUCACGGCUGGCGUGAUAACCCCGUCCCGUUUGACUCUGUCUUCAACCGCUCCCACCACACCUGGUCCUGGGGAAGCCCCGACAUCCUCCCCAUGUUUGCCAAGGGAGCCACCGCGGGUAAGGUGGAUGCUUUCGUGUACGACGCAGAGUGGGAGGACUUUGCCGACUCGGACGCUUCGAAACUCGACACGUGGGUGUUUGAGAGGGUGCGGGAGUUUUUCAAGAGGGCUUCGAGCGACUCUGAACUUCACAAUCAGGUCUCCCACGACAAGGUCGUGUUUUUCCUUCAUCUUCUCGGUAUUGACACAAACGGCCACUCGCACAGACCCACUUCGCAAGAAGUCAUUGAAAAUCUCCGUCUCGUUGAUAGAGAGAUCGAAAGCGUGGUUGAAAUGAUUGAAUCUUACUUUGGCGAUGAGAAAACUGCGUAUGUCUUUACGUCUGACCACGGAAUGACUAACUGGGGGGUUAAAGUGGCCACCUCGUCAAGAAAUUCCAAGGUUAACUUCCACGACAGUUACUCAGAGAAAUGGGGCCUCGGUCGCUAUGAGAGGGUGGACGUUGAGCAAGCCGACAUUGCCCCUCUAAUGUCUACCCUAAUUGGAGUCCCCACCCCUGUAAACUCAGAGGGAGUUCUUCCACUGGGCUAUAUCCACUACAAUCAAGGAUUCUUGGCUAAUUCCAUUUAUGGUAAUGCCAGACAACUCUUAGAGCAGUUUCGUGUCAAAGCAGAGCGGACACGCUCUCACUCACUCCCAUACGCUUUCAAGCCCUAUCCCAGGCUCUCUCUCGGGGAGAUGGGCGACUACAAGCUAAAGAUACGUAACCACAUAAGGGAGCAGAAGUACCAGGAGGCCAUUGAUUUAUCCCAGCAUUUGAUAGCCAUUGUCAAAGAGGGAGUGAGGUACUACCACACUUACCACAGACCGGCACUCAUGUCUGCCACCACCUUGGGGUUCCUGGGCUGGAUCUCCUACACUGUUCUCACUAUACUAGAACAGAGUGUGGCGAUGACAACAGCAGGAACGAAGACCUGCAGGUCGCAGUGCACACUAUCUCUAUGUCACACUGUCUGGCCUGGCGGCAGUUCUGUGUUUGGUCUACUCACUGAGAAACUACCAACAGUGGCCAUGUGUCUGUUUUUCGGGAUUCUCUCCUUCUUUGGGAUUGGGAACAUUGCCAGCAUCAACACGUUUGACCCGGCCACAGUCUACUGUUUCCUGACCGUUUUCUCUCCGUUUAUCAUGGGAUCACUCAUCUUACUCAAGAUGGUUAUACCGUUCGUGUACGUGAGCUGUGCCUACAACUGCAUCGUUAGUCUCCUGGAACAAUCUUUGAAAAACGGGCUACUCCUAGUCCUGAUCAUGACCGACGUAAUGGCACUCAACUUUUUCUUCCUGGUGCGAGAUUCGGGGAGCUGGCUGGAGAUUGGAGUCAGCAUCAGCCACUAUGUCAUUGCCAUGGUCGUGUGUGUCGGUGCUGUUGUGCUCAUGGGGCUUGCCAGACUCCUCACUGGGGUCAGCAUUGUGCCACGGAAAGAACAGCUGAAGUGCAAGUGCAGCCCACCGCUGUGUGGCCAGUCUUACUGCCACACCGACUACAAGUGCUACAAAAGUGCCAGUUUCAACAGUAACAAUCAGGAAGAGAUCUUGUUUGGUUGCUACCACGCCUCUGUGGACGUGUUCGGUACGUGCAACGGAACCCUAGACACUCCAACCCACAAAAUCCGAUGCUGCAAAGACAAUGAUAUGUGUAACGAGGACCUCGAUGUGUCACUAGUCCCAGAGUCCGAUCCUCCUACACCGCCCGUGACUACUCAGCUACCAUCCCCACCACCAGGGCUGAUAUGUGAGUGCAGCCCAUCUCACUGUCCCAAUGAUCAGACAUGGUGCCACAGCAACUACUCCUGUUUCCGAGAAAUCGAGUUCUCCGACACCACAAACACCUUCGAGCACACUCUCGGCUGCAUAGACACAAUUGAGCAGGCAAAACUGGACAAAAUUGGUGUCUGCGACGGGCGAUUCGAUACACAGACUUCAGCCUUAAAGUGCUGCAGUGACAGAGACAUGUGCAAUAGAGACCUACCGAUUGAAACACCUUCCACAGACCAAGGGACAACCAGGCCUCCAUCUCCAGCAGGUGAUGAUGGCUCCCUGACCAAAGACAACGACCUAUUCAUCAUCAUGUCCGUGGUUGUUGUCUUGGUGAUGGUGGUGGUCACCGUCCUAGUGGUGGCAACGGUGGGCAUGUUUUGCCUGCACUACCAGAAGGAAAAGACAAAGGUCAUGUCUGUGGACCAGUUUUCACCGCCCACCCUGAAGCAACUGUCAAACUCUAGCAUCACGUGCUCCAUAACCUCGUCACAACACCCACUGAAGGACCAUACAGAGAUUAAUAACUAUGUGUAGCAUAUGUUAAUUCCUUGUGUAUGUUAUAUGUGUGUACUUUGUGCUUGUGCUUUGGUGUUUUGUAUAUUAUACAUCGCAUUCUUUUUACUUUAUUUUCCCCCUUUUUCUCACUGAUUUCUGCCUGUGCCUUCAUCCAAGCUCUGAAUUCAUUUCACUUUCACUUCGCUCCACUGUUUCGAAAUGCAACCUUUUGUACACCUCUAAACUAUGUACAAAAUACUCUCACCCCACUGUAUCGCACACACUGCUAUGAAAAUCGUUCUAAAGUCUAGAUUUUUGUGUGUGAAUUGGUAACUCUCCCAACAAUACUCUGCUUCUCACUGUAUCUUCUCGUCACCCACAUAAUAUCGUGAUUUUCACAUGCUAUCUAUACGCAUAUAGACAUCAUGAUUGAUUUUUAAAUAUGUAGUUCAUUGCUGCC